UCUUUUUCAAGUAACGUCAUCUAUCGGAAUGGUUCAAAUGGUUUCUCUCUCCACUUCCACGAGCCACGCUCAUCCACCCCCGUCGCCGUACAACCGCCGUCGUCCGGCGGAGAGAAAAGUCGCAGUAGUCCGAUGUGUAUCCUUUUCCCCGCGCGAGCCUAAACACACAACUCCUUCUGAGAAUAGCAAUAACGACUCCUCCUCCUCCUUGGCGCUUAGAGAGACGAGGCAGAGAAAAUGGCUGAAGAGCACGGAGGAGGAGGAGGAGGAGGAGGCGGAAUCGAGGGAGAUUCAAGAGGAAAUCAACUCGAAAACCGCGUCUAGGAAAGCGAUAUCGAUAAUACUUCGAAGAGAAGCUGCGAAGGCGAUAAUCGAGAAGAAGAAAGGACCUACCAACUCCAAGAAGCUGCUUCCGAGGACGGUCCUCGAGGCUCUUCACGAGCGAAUCACAGCUCUCCGUUGGGAAUCUGCUCUUCAGGUGUUUGAACUACUGCGUGAACAGCUAUGGUACAAACCAAACGUUGGCAUCUACGUUAAGCUCAUCGUCAUGCUUGGCAAAUGCAAGCAGCCUGAGAAGGCUCGUCAGAUCUUUCAGGAAAUGAUCGGUGAAGGCUGUGUGGUGAAUCAUGAAGUGUACACUGCGCUUCUAUCUGCUUAUAGCAGGAGCGGCCGGUUUGACGAUGCGUUUACUCUUCUGGAGCUUAUGAAAAGCAGUCAUAACUGUCAGCCGGAUGUGCAUACUUACUCAAUCCUCAUUAAGUCUUUUCUUCAGGUUUUUGCGUUUGAUAAGGUUCAGGAUCUGCUUUCUGAUAUGAGAAGACAGGGUAUUAGGCCUAAUACAAUCACGUAUAAUACCCUCAUCGAUGCCUAUGGGAAGGCAAAAAUGUUUGUGGAGAUGGAAUCAACACUUAUACAAAUGCUUGGAGAAGAUGACUGCAAGCCUGAUUCUUGGACCAUGAACUCAACCCUCAGAGCCUUUGGUGGGAACGGACAGAUAGAAAUGAUGGAGAAUUGUUAUGAGAAGUUUCAGAGCUCUGGGAUCGAACCCAACAUCAGAACAUUCAAUAUCCUCCUUGAUUCGUAUGGGAAAACAGGAAACUACAAGAAGAUGAGCGCCGUGAUGGAGUUCAUGCAGAAGUAUCACUAUUCAUGGACCAUAAUCACCUACAAUGUGGUCAUUGACGCGUUCGGAAGGGCAGGAGACUUGAAACAAAUGGAAUAUUUGUUUAGGCUGAUGCAGUCAGAGAGAAUAAAACCUAGCUGUGUUACGUUGUGUUCUCUUGUUCGUGCCUAUGGUAGAGCUGGUAAAGCGGAUAAAAUUGGAGGAGUCUUGCGUUUCAUCGAGAACUCAGACAUAAGGUUAGACCUUGUGUUCUUUAACUGCCUGGUGGAUGCCUACGGGAGGAUGGAGAAGUUUGCAGAGAUGAAAGGUGUUCUCGAAUUAAUGGAGAAGAAGGGAAUUAGACCUGAUAAGAUCACAUAUAGGACAAUGGUUAAGGCUUAUAGAAUUAGUGGCAUGACUAGCCAUGUAAAGGAACUUGAUGGUAUGGUCGAGUCCGUUGGUGAAGCCCAAGUUGUGCUGAAGAAGCCAGACUUUUAGCCGAGGAAUAGAGCUUAAUUUUCUGGUAUAUUUAUAUAUUUAGUAGCCAAGGAAUGUAGUUAGUAUGAGAGUGAAUACAUUUCAGUUCGCUUACAAAACUUUGUAACACAAAAACAAAAAGCAAAAAAAGUGAUAGAAGUAUAGUUCUUUACUCUU